AUGAUCGAAAUCAGGGGCAUGCUGCAACAACUCAUUGGGACAAAUGGAAAGAUGCAAGAGAAGUUAGCUGCACAUGAUUCAGCAAUCAAAGGAAUUGAAACUCAAUUGGGACAGCUAUCUAUGGCCUUGAAAAAUCGCCCACAAGGAACAUUGCCUGCAGAUACAAACAUUAAUCCAAAGGAGCAGAACCCAAAUCAGCUAAUGGCAGUGAGUCUCAGGAAUGGAAGAGUUUUGGAUACGGAGCAAGAAGUUGCUCAAUCUAGGAGAGAGACAACGCGAACUACUCCAGUUAUAUUAGAGACAGGUGGGUCAGCAGAGCUCACCGAGGUUGUAAUUGAACAGGCACAGGUUGACAAGGGUAAGGAGAAGGAAGGUGAACAACUCCCAGAACAGGUGGUAGAAAAAGCUUCCAACAAAGAAAAGACACAAAGCAGUGGGCAGAGGUUGACUCCUGCACUAUUCCCUCAGAGGUUGGCAAAGCAAAAUAAAGAUGAUCAAUACAGAAAAUUCAUGGAAAUGCUCAGACAAAUUCAAUUAAAUAUUCCACUGAUGGACGCUUUGAGGGAAAUGCCAGGGUAUGCAAAAAUGAUGAAGGACCUGAUGUCGCAAAAAUUUGACUUCCAGUACCUAUCUACUGUAACUCUGACGCAGACCUGCAGCGCGGUAGUGACAAGGCCUAUGGCUCAAAAGGUGUCUGAUCCAGGUAGUUUCACUAUCCCAUGCACCAUUGGGCGUUAUUCUUUUGCUAAAGCAUUAUGUGACUUGGGAGCCAGUAUAAACUUGAUGCCAUUGGCAAUCUAUACAAAAUUGGGCAUUGGCAGAGCUAGACUGACCUCAAUGUUGCUUCAACUGGCUGAUCGCGCAGUCAAAAGACUGACAGGAAUUCUUGAUGAUGUGCUUGUUCAAGUGGGAAAGUUUGUAUUCCCUAUAGACUUCGUCAUUCUUGACUGUCAAGUGGCUGAAGAGAUACCAAUCAUUUUGGGAAGGCCAUUUUUAGCCACUAGGAGAGCAUUGAUUGAUUGUGAGACUGGAGAGUUGAAAGUGAGGUUGAACAAUGAAGAAAUAAUAUUCAACGUUCAACAAUCCAUGAGGAGACCCAGCGAAUUUGCAAAUUGCUCGCUAGUGAAGGCCGUGGAUGUAAUACUGCAAGAGGAGGAUGAGACCACUAAUGUCAGGGAUCCACUAUAA